UCGACACAACAGGUUAAUUUGCCUAUUGUUAUUCAUAUCAUCUCCUAUCAGAACUGAUUACCAGCAGGAGGCGACAAUGAAGCUGCUUCUUAUCGGUUUAUAUUUCUCCUGUAUCCUUCUCGGCACUUUCCUUGAUGCCAGACCUGUACACGAGGAGGACGACCCGUAUUUAGAGGCUCCGGCUCAUCCUUACUGGCCCUUCUCUACCUCGGAUUUCUGGCAGUACGUGGAGCACUUCCGCACAAUGGGUGCCUAUGAGAAUAUCAAUGACCUAGCUCGCACCUUCUUUGCUCACUACCCUAUUGGAGAUACUCUGGGAUACACGAGCCGUGACCAUGAUCAUUAGAAGCACGACAGUACUUAGCAUGGCUGUAUAUACCAAAGCUCUAUGCCCGCCUGUGUGACAGUUACAUAAAUGCCAACAUGGUGACAAGAACUUCUCAGACUGGAGGAGAUCCCUGCAUUAUUCCUGUCCUGCAGAAGGGAACGAAGAUACAGGAAUAUAUAGAAAUAUUCGCUGUAAACCCAACUCAUCUACCUAUUGUGUCAUAUUUAUAAGCAAUAAAAGAUGGCUAUGA